CGUGAAUCAACUUGGGGUGCUUUGUCAAUCGGCAGUUGACAACUGCCUGCCUCCGUUCCUUAUACAGCCUCUAUUUUCUGAUGGUGCUUCUGAUGAUCUCCGGUACCUCCAUGCGUGUCCUCUGAUGAAAUAGCAAUCCCUCAUGUUCAUGAAUGGCAGGUGCUUCAUUUUUCACAAGUGUGAUGUUCUUUUUAGGGCUUCGGAAGUAUUAGGCACACUUUGACCGUGCCUCGGACAAAGGAGAUAGUCCAUGACCUCACUCGGAGGGGAUACGAAAUUGGAUGCGAGUAUAAAAACACCUACUUCAUCGUGAAUUGCCCCCAGCUUUCAAUCAUGCGACUCACGCUAGCCCUCCCUGUGCUCUUCGCCUUUGUUUCUGCCUUCGUCACUGCUUCACCCGUUGUCAAAGAGCGAGUCGCAGUUCCCGGCGCUCCUGGAUGGAAGAGAGUCAUCACUCCCCCCAGCCCCGCCCCAGGCUGGCGCCGCACCGAAGUAGACAGAGCUGUCUCUCCGCCCAACCCGGCCCCAGGCUGGUAAAGGAGGUGUUACCGCGUAAAUAUCGUAGCCUACAUUUCUGAUCGACAUAAUCUGCGUUGGUCCCGGGAUUCGAUUAUGGUCCGUUUUAUGGAUGUAUAACUCUAUAUACUUAAUCGGUUGUUGAAGGAGAUUCUGCAUGAUGUAACGAAAGCUACCUAUCUACCUACAUACUAUGAAUUGCCAUUCUCGUCAAUGAAAAAUCAGCG